AUGACUUCGGCGGAAGACAUGGACGCCGCAAUAGCAGACAUAGAAAAGAAGGUAACUUAUCACGCCUUUUUUUUAUAAAUCUUAGUUUUUUUCAGAUUAUUUCGUAUUGCAACUUGGUACCCGUAAAUUUCUGGGGAUUUGAUGAAGAUGUAAGAGAAAAAUUGCGUCAGAGAAAACAUCGGAUGCUCAACAAAAAACUCAGUACAAGUUAGCACACUUUUGAGAAUUGAUUCUUAUUUUUUCUUGCUUUAGAAGAAAAGCAACGUCUUCCAUCAUCUAAAAAGCAACAAUUAGCACGAGGGAUCGGUGCAGUUCCGUCGACAGUCGUCGAAGUUCUCGACUGGAUGUCAAAAAGCGGAUUUGCCAAGGUCCAGCCGACGGUAAGCUCUGAAUAAUUGCUUUUUUAGAUAUUUUGAGCAAUUUAGAAUCCUGCAAACAUUCCAAACCCGAAAACAAAGGCGUCUGCGUCUUCAAACAGUGAGCCGCCAGCUAAAAAGCCGAAAACAGAGGUAUUCGUAGAAAAAUUGAAGGAUUUUUCAAUGUUUCUAGGUGACAAAGAAGGUCGAGCCUGUCGACAAGACGAAGGAUGGCGAGGAAAGUGAAGACGAUUCUAGUGAUGAUGAAGCUGACGCGACAUCUUCUGAAUCUACCAAGAAGACUGUCAAAAAGUGGGGAAUUUCAUUCGAUUGAGGUAUUACAAGAAGUUUUAAGGGAAGCGCCAGAAGAAAGUGGCGAUGAGCAAGAAGACGACGAUACCACUGAUGAAGAAGACGUGGAAGAAGAGAAAGUUGAAAUUGAGAAAAAGCCAAAGGUUCCGGUUCAACAAAAAGCUGAAGUCAAGAUCCCGAAAUCCGAUUUGAAACUCGACAGGGUGCGUUUUUACAAAGAGUUGAUUGGAAAUUUUUUUUUCUUUGGGAAGAAAAGCGGAGUAAUAGAAACUUCAACUCUGUAUCAACUGUUCGAGAAAAAAGAACUAACAAAGAUUUUCAGGAAAUUGAACGAUUGGAGAAAGAAGAUGCUGGAAAAGGCGAUGAUCCCGAGUUGAAACGCCAAAUCGCGCAGUUGAAACUGCAGAAAAAGCUCAAGGAAAUGAAAUGUUUGUUUUGAAUUAACAUGGAUCAUUUUCCAUAAUAAUUCACUUCUCAGUGAGCCGCAAAGGUACCUCCAAAACGAAAAUGACCCCAGCGACGGCGGCGAAACUCGAAGAAGAACGGAAAAUGAAGCGAAGGCUGAGCAAAAUGAAGAUGAAGCAACGUCGCGCCGAAGCGAAAAAGGCCGCCAAUGGCGAAAAACCUGUCAAGUUGGUUUUGAAACGUUUUUGCCGUGUUCAAAGUAAUUUUCUUGAGAUUGAAAAACAUCUUGAACUCUCUAAAAGUUAGUCAUCUUCCCCAACCUCUGGCGGCUUUUUCGAGUUACCCGGAAUGACUUUGAACACGGCAUUCAAUUUUUUCGAAUUUCCUGGUAAAGAAAAACUUCAACUUUCUUUCCAGAGGUGAAACCAAUGAAACCGCCGACGAAGCAAAAGAAAACGGAGAUACGGUAUCUCACUGUAUUUUUCAGAUUUCUAACAAAUUUUUUGAAGGAUGGUGAGAAGCUCAACGUUGCUUUCAACAAGUUCCAAUUCGAAAUCAAGGAUGAUUUGAAAGGAAAGAAAAAGAGGGUAAGAAGUUGUAAGAAUUACGAGAAUUUUCCGUUUUUUCUAGACCCCCAAAAGCGAACGAGCGCUGAAGCUUUCUGGAAAGGACUACACGGCUUUGAUUAAGAAGGUGAUUUUAAAAAAUUCAUUAGAUUUAACUUUGAGUAUCAGACUCAAUGUAUCUAUUUUCCGCUUCAUUCACGCUUUUAGCAACCUUUUUCACUUUGUUGAACCUUUUACGAAGAGUCAUUAAUUUUCAGGUUGAAAAAACGAACGCAGUUAUCGACAAGGUCCGAGAAGCGGAUCCUCACAAGGCCGAGAUCAUGGAGGACGAGUUGAAAUGGGAGAAAACCUUGAAAAGAGCCUCUGGGGUCAAAGUCAAAGUAACCCAAACAAUUUUUUGCUUUUCCCAUUGUUUACAUGCUCAGGACAACGUUGAGAUGCUCAAACGAGCCCAACACAAGAAGGAAAAGCUGAAAGAUCGCAAAAAAGCCAAGUGGGGACAACGGGAAGAGCGGGUUGAAAAGGAAAAGGCCACCGUAAGCUGAAAAUGAAGACAUGUGUAGAUGAACCGGUUGAAUGUUUCAGAAGAAGGAGAAACGGGACAGCAACAUCCAGAAGCGGAAAGACGACGCCAAGAAGAGAAAGCUGGCGAAAAUGCGCAAAAAGGGACGUAUUCUGUAA